CAUUUAUACGUACUACAAUGCCAAAGCGAUAACCCCAGACUCGUAUUCUAGCCACGUCACAGUAAAUAUAUUGUAUAUUGUACAUAUGGGUAAAUAAAUACUAAUACAUACACUUACAACUACAUACAAACAAGAAGAAGACUUCACUGCACACAUAUCAAACUGGGAUUGUGUAUUGGCGAUCUUAAAAAAUAUUUACUUAAUUCUAAAUUGAGUCAAACAGUUGCAAAUCACUUUUCGAACGUAGAAGAACGCGAGUCCGCUGAAUUGUCGCUUUCUACAACGCGUGUUGCCAAAAUGAAUUGGACAUUAAAAUAUACGUGUCAACUAAUUUGUGUGCUCUUGGCAUGCGCAAACACCUUGGCUACACCGUUAGUUCCCGAUCGUAAUACUAAAAUUCCCGACGUACUCUCCAAUCGGGAUAUAGCUGUUAUGCGCGCGGCCAAAACAAACGCGAUUGUGAAUAAUAUGAAUACUAAAGUUAAUCCUUGCGAUGAUUUUUAUCAAUUCGCUUGUGGAAAAUGGAAACGCGAAUAUCCAGCUACCACAAUUGAACACUUGACAACCGGUCUGUUCGAGGAGUUGACACAGCUGAUGGAACGCAAAGUGGAGAAACUAUUGACUAACGAUACUAAUUUCAAAUACAAUGAGAUCGAUAUUAAAGUGAAGGAUUUCUUUGAAUCCUGUAUUAAUUUGGUAAAACGAAAGGUGAAUUUUAGAGAGAAAUUAAUUGAGAUAAUUUCGGAAUUUGGUGAAAUGCCUGCGCUGAGCGGUGAUAAGUGGGACGAGCGGAAUUUCGAUUGGGUAGAGACCGUUGCUAAAAUUUCACGUAAAUAUGGCAAGGAUAUCAUAAUCGGUAUGGAUAUCAUGGCGGACUUUAAGGACAAUAGCAUAAAUCGCGUUUACAUUGGUCAAGCUGAGCUGCCGUUAGAGAGUCGUACUAUGUAUUUGGACGAUUCGACGGCUGUGUAUAGAAAAAGUUAUAAAAAUAAAAUACGUAAAGAGCUGGAGAAAUUCUUGGGCAUGAGCACACAAUUGGCCACAAAGACAGCAGACGAAAUUGUUGAGUUUGAAGUGACUUUGGCGCGCGGCUUAGUUGAUGAUACGCUCGGUUUGAGUCUUGAUGAUCUAUCGCAACUCACCACCAUUGAUAAGCUGCAAGCGAAAUAUGGCAAGGAAAUAAAUAUGAAAAAAUUGAUGAAUAUAACAUUGGGCGAAAUAGUCGAGGAUGAGGUGUACGAGUAUGCUGCCUCAUAUCAGGAAAACUUAAUUGACAUUAUGCCAAACACACCGAAAGCGGUGAUAGCUAAUUACAUUUUCUAUACAUUUAUUAAUGAUUAUCUGCUCGAUACCGAGAAGUCCGAAAAGAAGCAUAAGAAAACCUGCAUUGACAAGACAAAAUCGUAUUUCGCUAAAAAUGUCGAUAACAUGGUUUAUCGACGAUAUAGCACCGGUAAAACCGAGAAUGAUGUCAAGUAUAUGUGGCAAAAACUAAAAGAGAGCUUCAAAACCAAACUACUCUCCGAUGAACUUAAUUGGAUCUCGGCGCCAACACGUCAAUAUGCGCUUGAGAAACUGGACGCUUUGCGUAUGGAAAUCAAUUCGUACUCGGAACAUAAUUUCACCGAAGAAUUCGGCACAUUGGUCACCAGCAAAGAUGAUUAUUUGGCAAAUGUAUUUGCGCUCAUGGAAUUGGAUGCCAAGCGUGCACUAGCGAAAUUGCAUGAGCCGCCACAGCCCAUCGAAGCGGGUGAAAUAUUGUCAUAUACACCGGCUAAUAUACUUAUUGAAAACGUCAUCAAAGUACCGGUAUCCAUACUGCAGCCCUACAUCAUGUGGGGUGAUCAUUAUCCCACAGCCGUGAAAUUCGGUACAUUGGGCACACUGGUCGGUCACGAGCUCAUACACGCCUUCGACGAUACGGGCCGUCGUUUCGAUAAGGAUGGCAAUAGUCGCGAUUGGUGGGAUGAGAAGUCAACUCUGAUUUUCCUCAAUCGCACCGAAUGUUUCAGUGAUCAGUAUAGCCACUAUGUGUAUGGAAAUCGUACGUUGCCGAAGAGUGUGUCACAAUCGGAAAAUAUUGCUGAUAAUGGUGGCAUGCGUUUGGCAUAUGAUGCCUAUCUGCGUUGGUAUGAGGAUGCAAUGCGUACCGGUGAUGCGGAUAAAAUGGAAAACCUACCAAAUUUCCCAUACAACUUCAAACAAUUGUUCUUCAUUAGCUUUGCACAGGUUUGGUGCAAUGAUGUGCAUCCAGAAGUGAAGCAUUUGCAAACUGCCACCGAUCAGCAUGUACCCGGCGAGUUUAGGGUGAUUGGACCACUUUCGAAUUUUGAUGAUUUUGCGGAGACAUUCAACUGUGCUAAGGGGACUAGUAUGAAUCCAAGGAAAAAAUGCGAAAUUUAUUAGUAGAAAGUGUAGGGAAACUUGUUGCCAUUAAGUGUGUUUUUUUGUGUUUUUUUUUAUUAAAUAUACAUACAUAUAUACAUAUAAGACUGCAUACAUUCAAUGUGAGCUCUGCAAUUUAUUUCAAAAUUAAUUAAUUGAAAGCGUUUAGAAAAGAAAAACAAAUGGACUGUGAAAUAACACAAGUGAAUGAGUUUAUAUGUAUGUAUAUAUUGUUUAUUUCAAAUUUUGCAAUUACACAGUUGUAAUUAUGUGAUAAGAAAAAAAUAAUAAUUAUAAUAUAUAUAAUAUAAAUAUUUUGCUUUUUAUUGAUAUGAGUGAUGCAUCAAUGUUGCAUUGGCGCAAAUGUGCAUAUGUAUUUCUUUUUAUAGAAAUCCACACAUAUAUAUUAUAUGUAAAAGUAUACUUAAACAUAUACAUAUUUAUAUAGACGUAUAUAUAUAUACCAUAUAACUAAAUUAUUUUGUUUCACAUUGUUAAACAUUUCAAAAUUAUUAAUAAUUGAUAAUAAAACUCUCAGUAAGUGACCCAGCUUUUUAAUGGCAUAAA